AUGGCCGAAUCACCAGCCUCGCCUCUCUCCUCUCUCGCGUCAGAAGAGUUCCCAGAAGACGUCAAGUUCGAAGACCAGGGACGCUCCCGUUCCAACUCGCCUCCUCAGGUGCACCCAUCAAAGCGCCGUAAGACGGGGGUGUCUACAUGGGACCACCAUACCCCGAUAUCUUCAGUCAAUGAUGACCUUCCGCCACCGUCUCCGGUCGCUUCUAUAUCGUCAGACAGCUCCGGCGCGAUACCAAAUUCCCCCGGUGCAAUGGCGAUCCUUGGCCCGGAAGAAGACUACAGCGGUGCCGGGAGGGACCACAUCACAGCCUGUCUUUGGGAGGGCUGUAGCGCAAAGGACUUUGUAGAUAUGGAUGCGCUUGUCAAACAUAUACACGACGAACAUAUCGGAUCUCGGCAAAAGAAGUAUCUAUGUGAAUGGGGCGACUGUGCCAGGAAGGGGCAGGCUCAUGCAAGCGGGUAUGCCUUGCGGGCCCAUAUGAGAAGCCAUACCAAAGAAAAACCAUUUUAUUGCGCAUUGCCCGAGUGUGAUCGUAGCUUCACGCGUUCCGAUGCGCUAUCGAAGCAUAUGAGGACAGUUCACGAUACUGAUGCCUUAAAAUCGCUCGAUGCCCUGGCAAAGCAACAUGCCAACCCGACGGCAUCCACUGCCCCCAAACCUCCUCGAAUUAAAUUAAAGCUGGCACCCCGGAAAGAAAAUGAUAACAGCGAAAAGCAAGACGGGUCGGAGCAAAAGGGGGACCAAGGGAAAGCAAAGGAACAGAGCGACGUACCGGUUUUCGACCCGGAAAUUGGUUUUGAUGAACAUGAGCUUGCGAUGCCGCUAGAGCAACUUGCACGCCUGAUACGUCGACAGAUCCAUUGGGCAGAACAGGAAUCCAGAACCCUGGAGAAAAAUUGGGAAUUGAUAAAACCUCAAAGAAAACGGACCUGGAAGGAAAAGGAGCUUAUUCUAGAUGAUCUUAUCCACAGUGAGAUUCGUGUCUAUGGUACCCCGAUGACCGUGGAGCAAAGGCCGUCUAGUCAUGGUGGUAUGCGCAAGUUGUCACCAAUGCCUGCUACGGCAGAUCAGGCGGACGCACCGCCACCGGAUAAAGAUGGCCCAGAAGAAGCUGGUGGUGAUGAUGAACAGCCCGAGAAGCAGUCACGGCCGCAAACCCAGGCAUCCGAAGUGAAAUCUCACAACGAUGAUGAUCGGGUGUAA